UAUGCAGGUCACUGAAAUUUUUCAGAUAGCCUAAAGGACAAUUUGAGCUUAUGGACUAAAUAAAUGAUUGCUUCUGUUUAAUAAACUGUAUGUAUCUGGGGUUAUAAUGAGUGUUAGUGAUAGAGUUACCAAAUUGGUGGAAUGGUCCACUUUAAACGGGGCAAAACUUUCUUCAAAUUUAGAAAUUAAGCCAGUAGCAGAUGGUAAUAUUGGAGUCUUCUACCAUGAUGUACAAGCUGCAAAUGAAGAAGAAGAUGAUGAUGGUCAAAUAAAAUUACCAUUAAAUUUAGUAAUAACUUUACAAACAGCUAUUGAAUCCUUUUCCAAACUUGAUAAUUUAACUUCGUACCAAGAAAUUACUCAAAAGACUUCGAAUAUCAAUUCAUUACUCAAAUUGUAUCUUGCAAGAGAGAGGCAAAUUAAUGAUUCAUUUUUCUCACCAUAUAUACAAUUAUUACCAACAUUAUUUCAAAUCAACUCACCAUACACUUGGAAGUCUAGUGAUAAAGAAUUAUUGAAAGGUACUAAUUUAGGUAAUUCAUUGCCUGAAAAUAUUCAACAAUUAGUUGAAGAAUGGUGGCAGAUUAUAAAUUUAAUUCCUGAUACAGUUGCUAAACCAACUGAACAUUUCAUAAAUAUGAAAUUCUAUUAUGAAUAUAAAUUUUAUAAGAAUGAAGAUUUUGAUAAAUAUUUUGAACAAGAAGCUUCUAAAGUUGAAAAUUGGACUAGUUUCCCUAAUUACUUAUGGGCAUCAUUAAUAUUAAAAUCUAGAUCAUUUCCAACAUACCUUUUAAAGGAAUCAAUAAAAAGAGACAUAAAACAAGAUGAAGCAAUGUUAUUACCAUUGGUUGAUCUUUUAAAUCAUGAUCCUAAGGCAAAAGUAAAUUGGUUAGUUGAUUCUAAUUCAUUUACAUUCAAACUGGACAAUCCUACUUUUGGAGAUCAAUUAUAUAAUAAUUAUGGUAUGAAGGGAAAUGAAGAAUUAUUAUUGGCUUAUGGAUUUGCACUUGAAAAUAAUAUUGCUGAUUCAGUAGCUUUAAAAAUAAAAGUUCCUUUGGAAAUGGUACAAGAAAUUAAAGACUUUGGAAUCACUUUACCAUCUAUUCAUGAUUAUACAACUUCUAUUGUUAGAAUCAGUUCAGAAUCUGACAUUCAAUCCAAUGAUAUUAAGCAAUACACUGAUGGUAUUUUAUAUUUCAUUAGUAAAGAUAAUUUACCUUCUAAUUUAAUUGAAUUGUUUCAAUUCUUAGUGAAAAAUAGAUGGGAGAAUAAUGGAGUUAGUUUAAGAAUGAAGUUAGCUGGUUAUAAUCAUUUACGAGCUGCCUUAGAAAAUAAAAUGGCAUUAUUAAAUAAUAAAAUACCCAAAUCAAGUGCUAAUCACGAUUCAAUACUUACCUAUAUUAAUUCACAAACUAAGAUUUAUCAAGAGGCCAUCAAGAAAAUUAAACAUUUAGAAAAGGAUUUAAUUGCUGAAAAUAAAUCAAAACUUAUAAGUUUGAAAUCAGUUUAUAAGAAGGAUAAGAAAUUCCAACAAUCAUUAUUAAUUCAUUUUGGAUUUCUGAGUUAUGAAUCAAUUCUUGAAGCUCAAUUUCAAGAUCAAGCUUGGUUAUUAUACUUGAUACGAUGCGUUAAUCGUGAAGAAUAUAUCCCAAAUGCUCAAGAUAAUUUAGAAGGAGAUGAAAAUAAUUAUUUACCAAAAUGGAUUCAUGAUGAUUUUAAAAAAUUACAACAACAAGUAGAUAUUUCUAAUGAAGAAGUUUUACAAUAUCAACAAAUUUAUCAAAACUUAAUUCCUGAACUUAAUACUCAUAUACCAGAAAUAUAUAAUAAGGGUAAUUGGACAGUUGAGAAUUUAGUAUAUAGUGCCAAACUUCUUGAUAUAUUAGGAUUUGUAAGAGGGAAAGAUCAAGAGUGUAUAUUAGUUAAACAUUAAAAAAGGUUAAGUAUAUGAAUGUGUAU